CUCAACAAAACAAAUACACUCCCACCUUUCUAGGCGAGGAAAUAGCACAGAAGACCAAACAGUUAAACCAGCUCGGUGCUUUACCCACACGUCUUGAUCAAAAUAAGAUGAAAAAGUCACUUUUGUUUCUUCUCUUCUGUCAUGUUUCAUCUCCAGUGAAACACACCCUUAAGUAUUUCAUUACUGCAUCUUCUGGAGUCCCAAACUUCCCAGAGUUUGUGGGUGUUGGAGUGUUUGAUGAAAUUCUGGUGGGUUACUGUGACACCAACAUCAUGAAAGUUGAACCAAAACAGGACUGGAUGAAAAAAUUAUUUGAAAAUGAUCCUCAGCACUUGGAGUGGCACAAUGGAGAGUGUUUUGAGAAUCUGCAUAACUUCUUCAAAGCCACGAUUUACGGUUUGAAACAGCGCUUCAACCAAACUGGAGUCAAUCACAUUUUACAGAGGAUGAGUGGCUGUGAGUGGGAUGAUGAGACUGGAGAGGUUAAUGGUUUUAUGCAGUUUGGAUAUAACGGAGACGACUACCUAUCAUUGGACCUGAAGACACUGACGUGGAUUGCUCCAAAACCACAGGCUUUCAUCACCAAGCUGAGAUGGGAUGCUGAGAAAACAACACUCAAAUUCUAUGAGAUUUACCUCACUUACAUGUGUCCUGAGUACCUGAGGAUUGGCUUAAAUGCUCGACAUACCUUUUUGUUUCUCUCUUUUUCUCCAGAGCAUCCCUCAGUGUCUCUCCUCCAGAAGUCUCCCUCCUCUCCAGUCAGCUGCCACGCUACAGGUUUCUACCCUGACAGAGCCAUGAUGUUCUGGAGGAAAGAUGGAGAAGAGAUUCAUGAGGACGUGGACCAUGGAGAGAUCCUCCCCAACCAUGAUGGAUCCUUCCAGAUGAGUGUUGACCUGAACCUUUCAUCAGUCCCACCUGAAGACUGGAGGAGGUACGACUGUGUGUUUCAUCUCUCUGGUGUGAAGGACGACAUCGUCACCAAACUGGACAAAGCAGUGAUCAGGACCAACUGGGGCAAGACUUCUAUCAGAGUUGCUCCCUCAGAGGUUCCUGCUGGUCCUGUUGUUGGAGUUGUUGUAGGACUGCUGCUGUUGACACUCUGCAUCACUGGACUCUUCAUCUGGAGAAGGAACAAUAAUGGAUUUAGUCCUGCAAACUCUUCAGACUCUUCUUCCUCUCAAACCUCUUCAGUUAAACAUGCAGCUCUUAUCUGAUCACAGAGUCCUGAUCAAGAUGGCAGCAUAAUCAGUAUGAAGCGAUCACUGCAGCAGCUAGCAGAGACCAAACACAUGAAGAGAGAAACAAGAAAAGAGCACAACCAUUAUUCCAGUGGGAUGUCUUCGGGUCUUCUGAUAUCAAAUUUGUAUCACUCAGUCAUGUGAUUUAUUGUUUUUAGUGAUGAUUAGCAAUCAUUAAAUAUGUAAGGAUGUACUUUAUCUUAUCUUAGAAAAAAAGUAAAAGUGAUUUGUCUAAAAGAUGAUAUAUAUCCUUCUUUUAAGUUACUUGAUCUGUUUUUGACUAAAUCUGUUCACUUCAGUUGGUGUUUGUGUCUACAUUCUGUUUUAGAAAACUUACAACCAAGCUCAAACAACAUGCUACCUCUCUUCCUAACUUUAUAAUUUAAUUAAAUUUUUUGAUUGAUGGCCUUUAACCUUUUGUCACAGAUCUGGUACUGUAUGAGAGUAUAUUGAAUGUUGUGGAAAUUAUCUCCGGUCUGGGCAUUUUUUAUUUAAAAAUUUUUGGUGAAAUAAAUUUGUCUUGUGGUGCUGCUACGUUUUCUUUUGUAUUGCUGCUGUUUAAUAUCAUUUCAUGGAGGUGUCUGUUGUUCCCUUUCAAGUUGCAACUCAAACCCAAUCUUGU